GUUGCUGUGUGCUGUGUGCCAUGGAAGGAAACGAAGAUGACCCUGCCGCAGGCCAGCAUAGCAGCGGAGACCAAGAGGAGCUGCGACGAAAACAGGCACACUUGAACUUCAGUGCUUCACACCAGGCUCGACAGGCUGCUCGCCAACAAGCGAGCACCAGUAGCGGCGAGGGCGGUGUGGGCAACGAUGACGAGGCGAGGCACAACGAGGAAAUCGCUGCCCUUUUCAACGAAACUUUCGCUGCAGAUACGCAAGACAUCACCAACACCCUAGACCGCCUCGUGGCUGAAAGCAAGCAACGGCCAUCGCAAACAGCAGCGGGUACCGGCCUCGCCGGAGCUAGGCACGCCCACGGCGAAGCCAAAGCUCCGCCAGGAAAAGGAAAUAGUGACGCUUCUUCGGCACCGGCGGUCGACGGCGGGAGCGGCGUUCGCGAAGAGCUGGAUGCUUUGGUGGACCGGGUGAAGGGGUUGCGGAAGCGAACCGCCGAGGCUACCCUGUUUUUGACUGUCUACGAGCUUCGCAGGGCGCAGGAGGAGGUCGGUCGGCUGUGGGCUAGCGUGGAGUCCACGCGGGCCGAGCUCGCACCGAGAAAGAGGUUCGCCUUUCGAAGCAAGGCCAAGGCGAAGGGGAGAGACACGCGGAGAGGGGGCGGGGGGAUUCCGGCACGGGAAGAGGGCCUAGCGAGGAAGGGGGUAGACGAGACGGGUGACGGAGAACAAGAAGGGGAGGGAGGACCAGGGUUACGCGGGGUGAAAGGGCGGGAGGUGGAGAUCUUGGCAGAAGACGCCGACAAGGACAAGGACUUUAACGUCGCCGACCUCGACAGCUGCAAGGUCACCAUCUUGCACGUGCUUGGUGCUCUGAGGCUUCGUCGCCUGACGUCAUGCCGAGUGGUGUGUGGACCCGUGCGGGGGCCGAUCUACGUGGAGGGGUGCAGAAACUGUGUCAUUGUCGCGGCGGGGAGACAGCUGAGGAUACACGAAAGCCGAGACGUAGACUUUUACGUGCUCGUGGCCAGCGGUCCCAUCAUCGAGGACUGCAGCGGCCUUCGCUUUGCCCCGGCAGGGCUGCGGUACCCGGAGUACCAGCAACAUCUACAGGCAGCCGGUUUGGACGAGGAUGCCGUUACCAACACCUGGGGAGACGUGAAGGAUUUCAAGUGGCAUCGUGCACAGCAAUCUCCUAACUGGGCGGUUAUCCCGGAGUCGGAGAGGGAAAGCGAUUCUCUUGCGAUGGCGGCGCCGAAGUAGAUACGAUGUUUGCUCAAACAAUAGGCCGCGCUCCACGUGGCUGUUGAUGGCAGCUGCGACACUGUUACGUCUGUGUUCUUUGCCAGUAUCACCACGCACAAUAACGCAGCAGCCAGUCAAUGCCUUGUGAAUUUCAAUCCGUACGCUCUUUCCAGGCACUACGGUUACUGCGACCCUCCUCGACUACCAUCGCUGGUGUUCUACGAAAUGCGCGUACUGUAGCGAAUGGGCAUGCUGUCUGUUACGUUAUGGCAGCGGCGAUGCCGGCAUAGAUGUACACGCCUACAGACGUUGUUGCGUAUGUAUGGUGUCGGAGCAAUUUGGUUGCCCUUUUGAGCACUGCAAAUCUGUCAAUAGACUUCUUGGGUCCAUUUAUUAGCCCGGCUAGAAAUGCCAAUUUGCAAUGGGGGAAAGAAGUUCCUUGGUCAACCUUCCUUCCCUUUGCUGGGAUGGCAUGGACUCAAAAGAUGGAUCCGUCUCAAAAGUAGAUUUUGGGUCUUUACUUCGUUGACGCUGACGCGUCUCACGAGCCAUUCAGCCGCCAGGUAAUUCACGCGUGCGGUUGGUGCAUCUAUAACUACGUUUGAUUCUACGACACACCGAAAACCUACAUGAUUGUAUUGUAGUUGGGUGGAGGCUCCCUGCAAGUGCUACUGCUGUAUGACGUGCCUUGCAACGAAGUCCU